GAACUUUUAAACUAUUGGCAGAGAGACAGAUUAUUUUUAAAGCUAGCAGGAUAUCUCAGCUGCUCAGCUGUUUCCAGUGAUUUAACCUUCUGGUCAUUAGCAUUUUACUAACUAAGAGACUGGAGCUCAGAAUGUGUUUUGCUACACCCAGCAAUCAAAUCAACAAAUUAGCAGAUUGAUUGAUUAAUAGAAGCUUGUUGUUUUUUUAAACAUAUGCAGAUACCAGAACGUGAAGUUUCCGUUGAAAUGUAUUGUAGACUUCCGCUGGCACGUAUCUCUCGGCGCUACCUCACCAUACUAGGAACUCUGGGAUUUGUUUUCGCCGCCAUGAUGGUGUAUACUCACGUUGAUGAAGAGCGCUACAUGACCUUUCAAGAGAAGUAUCUGGAGAUCUUCCGGUUUGUCCCAUCACCCAGACCUUACCCUCCAGAGGGCGCCCUGGACAAGUCUCAAACUUGCAUUCACCCCAAGCUGGACGUAACUGACCCAGUUAUGAUGCACUUCUACAAGAAACUGAAGAAGGUGCAGUGUAAGGGCGUCACCAACUGGGUGUUCGUCAGCAAUGGCACGUUAAGAUUUGACCCUAAAGCGGUAAUUCUCUAUGGAUCAUUCAAAUGCAACUACUUUCCUCUUAUUCGAGGCCCGGGUGACUACAAUAUAACCUACGGGAAUAUGACCGAGAAUGUUCAGGAUGGUUCAGCGCUGGUCUCUGAUUUCUUUAAAAUUGAAUGCAUGUCUACAAAGAAAAAAAAUUAUACAAAUAUUCACGCGGGAGUGCAUGUUAACAAAACGAUUAAAGCGAGACUCGCUUCAAACAAGCCUCCGGCUGGUGGCCUUGGCUUGUCAGUUGCACUGCUGGGAUUUGAUUCCAUGUCUCGAAUGUCUUGGUUGAGGCGGAUGCCGAUCACGAGGAACUAUUUGGUUAACUCCUUGAACGCAAUAGAACUCGAGGGCUACAACAUUCUCGGGGAUGGGACCCCGGCUGCCCUGCUUCCUAUUCUGACCGGCAAGCACGAACAGGAACUUCCGGAAGCCAGAAGAAGCAUGAACUUCUCCAACCCCGUGGAUGACUUCCCUUGGAUCUGGAAAGACUUUCAGAAUAAUGGCUACGUCACGUCAUGGGCGGACGCAGAAGUCAGCAUAGCGCCUUUCAACUACCGCCUGCUGGGGUUUGAACAUUCGCCGACGGACUACUUCAUGAGGCCGUUUUUUCUAGCGGUGGAUCCGACCUACAAGAAGUACUCUCGCUACUGUCACGGCUCCGAGCCCAAGCAUAUGAUAUGGUUGAAAUGGGUUCAGGAUCUAUUUUAUAUGUACAAAGACGAUCCCAAGUUUUUGGUACAUUUUUACACGCCGCUGAGUCAUGAUGACAACAAUUUGAUAACCAUGGCUGAUGAAGAUUUGAAAAGGACUAUUGAAAAUUUAGAGCUCCAGGGCUAUUUGAACAACACUCUUCUGCUUGUCAUGGCAGACCAUGGCGCUCGAUUCGCUAAUGUCAGAAGAACAUAUUCAGGGAAGUUAGAAGAACGAAUGCCGUAUGUCAGCCUUCGAUUUCCUCCUUGGUUCCAUGAGAUGUACCCGGAUGUUAUCAACAAUGUGAAAACCAACACUCAGAGAUUGACCAAUCCCUUUGACAUACACGAAACUUUAAGGGACAUUCUCAACUUUAGUGGUGCCGGGCAAGGAAGCGUGAAGGACCGGGGAAUCAGUUUGUUCAAAAGUAUUCCCAAAGAGAGGAGCUGUGAGGACGCUGAUGUGGCUCCCCACUGGUGCGCUUGUUUGUCCUGGCAGGAUGUGAACGCCACGGAUGAAGUGGCCUCCAGAGCUCUCCGAACCGCGGUGGAAACUAUCAACUUCUUCACGGACUCCUACCGUGCAGAUUGCGCCUUGCUGGCUGCUGGCGAGGUCUCUAUGGUCAGCCGACAGGUGGUCAACGAGGAUCUCCUCAGGUUUAAAGAGACGACCGGGGACCGUGGGCUUGAGCCCAUCCUGGCCAACAAGAGCAUGACCCUGGAGAGGGUGAUCUAUCAGCUGACCUUUUUCACGGAGCCAGGACACGGGGAGUUUGAGGUCACACUAGAAUAUCUUCCUAGCACGGACGUGAUGACCGUGGACCCCAAGGCCAUCAGUCGAAUCAACAAGUAUGGUGACGACCCUGCUUGUAUUCUGCAGAAGAACAGAGAGAUACGUCAGUUCUGUUACUGCAAUAAUAACAUCAGAUAGCUUUUAUUGUCGUCUGCUGAUACUGUAAGAAACAUUUCUGCUAAGACCACGUGAUAACUGUUUCCAGGCAAUAACCUGUCUAUAAGGUAGAUGAUAUGUUGCCACGUGUUAUGAAAGUAGUAUCGCUUACCAAUCCUAAAGGUAGCUAACUAUCUUGAUCAACAAUCAUGUUUUUUUGUAUGUCAUACAUUUGUCAGGUUUCUUAUAACUUGGUCAUUAUUUCCGAAGAUUACAGAUUGUUAAAGUACCUUCAAAGUGGAUUCAAAGAUGGUCAGAUGUGGUGACGACCACAUACAAGUGAAAGAAAAAAAAAGUCCGAUGGCUAACUAGAAACACAAAAUUUACUUUGGAUGUGCAACUGAAUCAUACAAUAUGAAGUAAAACAUGUUAACUAAACACAGUUUAUCAAUAGAGAUGGAAAUAUGUAGAGCAAAAAGAAGUUUCAUAAAUACGCACAUAAUUUUUAAGAAAAAAAAAUACUUUGUAUUUAACGGUAUCACGAGUAUUCCAAGUCUUCUUCCUAAUUCUAUAUAAGUAAAUUUCCUAGUUGGAUAGUGCUUUCAAGUCACAGACGUCCGAAGAUUUUAGAUUAAAACUCAAUUUUAUUCAACAAUGUUAAAUCAUUGUCUAGUAUGCCAUCAAUGAAACUAGAAAUUUGAUUAUUUUGCAUUUCUUGCCAACACUGAGGCUACAGUCUUUCAAAUGUAGCGCGUUUCUAAUUACUAUUUAUUACUCUGCAUUGCAAAGGGACUUAAAGUGAGUGUUAAAGAGAAUAUAUAUAUGUAUAUAUAUAUAUAUAUAUAUAUAUAUAUAUAUAUAUAUAUAUAUAUAUAUAUAUAUAUAUAUAUAUAUAUAUAUAUAUAUAUAUAUAUAUAUAUAUAUAUAUAUAUAUGUGUGUGUGUGUGUGUGUGUGCGUGUGUGUGUGUGAUUAUUAGGAAGAGAUAGGAAAAAAGGGGGAGGUCGAGUGAUGACACAUCAGUUUUAUUCCGAGUGAUGACACAACAUCAGUUUUAUUCCGAGUGAUGACACAUCAGUUUUAUUCCGAGUGAUGACACAACAUCAAUUUUAUUCCGAGUGAUGACACAUCAAUUUUAUUCCGAGUGAUGACACAUCAAUUUUAUUCCGAGUGAUGACACAACAUCAGUUUUAUCCAAGUGAUGACACAACAUCAGUUUUAUUCCGAGUGAUGACACAUCAGUUUUAUUCCUAUCAUUGAAUUAUUUAGUUGCCAGGAAGUUUCUUCUUCUUUUUCUUAGAGCUGUGAGCUCUUUUGCAGACUGUGCCAAAUAGUACGCUGUUCUCUUCAGUUGUUCAGCACUGCUGUAAAGGGUGUUGGUGGAUUAGGAAGGGCCAUUCAAAGGGGGUAUGGUUUAAGGUUUCAUAAAGAUGGACACUGUGAUUACAAAGGGGAAGUUGUGUGGAAUUUUUUUUUUUUGUUAAGAUGGUAAUUUAAAAAAGGUGUGUGUCCUGUUCUUAGUUGGAAGUUUGUAAAUGUUUAUAAACUUUGAUGUCAUUUUUUCUUUUUCCACGUUCCUCUAACGUUAUUUGUUCAUUUCGUAUGUCAGUUUUUUUUUCUUCUUGUUGUCAGGUACUCCAUCACAACAAAAGCCAAAUGUGUUGUUUUUUUAAUUUGUUGAAUUAAAGUUUAAAAGUAAAUAUUAAAAGAAAACCUGCACUCGCUCGAUCACAACUACUUCAAGUCGUCGCGAAGUGGGUGGCCUGAAAGGCUCUGUCCAUUAUGGCAUGAACCGAACGCUACUCUUUAACUUGGGAACUUGAAAAGGAUCAAAAACUUCUCUCUGUUGUCUUCUGUAGGUCCUAGUAAUCACAACAAAUUUUCAAUAAGGAUCAAUAAAGCCAGUCUUAAUCUUAGUCGUAAUCUUAAAUGUUUAAAUUGCAAAAAAAAAAAAAAAACGAAAUGAAAUGAAACAAGCUAUAUGAGACCAGUGGCGUCACUAGAGAAGUGCAGAGGGUGCGGGGCGCAUAGGAUGACACAGGUCCUAGUGACGCACUAUAUGACACUAUGACCAAAAACCUAAUGUCUAAUAACCAUUGUUUAUUAUUUCUCUAUUUAAAGCCUAACCCAUAAUUUUUAAGUGGAGCGACGUUUGAUAUGUAUAUCUAUAUAUUUAUGAAUAGAUUCUAAUUGUUGACAAAAAAGCAUUAGUAUAGUGCAGUGAUGCCCAACCUAAUUCGACCUGCGGGCCAUUUUCAUUUCCAACACACGUGUCAGGGGCCACAUGACCAAAAAGGUUCAAAAACGAAAUGAAAUUGGCCUGAAACUAUUUAAUCAGGAACUUACAUUAAUUUAUGAGACAUUGGAAGUUUAUUUAAUUUUUUUUUUUACGCUUCGGAAAGUGGUUUCAUUUCUCUAUUUAUAAUGUGUGAAACAUUGUAGCUAGCUCUACCACCGUCUUAUUUUUUUUUUUUUUUUUUGGUAAAUAUUCUCAUCAACCAUCCAAUUUCUAGGCGCGUUUUUACAAUCUUUUAUUGGCGGCUCAAAUCUAGAAAGCCGUCAUAUUUGUUUUGUAAAGCCUUUGUAUAUGCUUGUUUUUUUUUUUCUAAACAAGCCCACUUUCUUUACAAAUUAAAUAUGUUGGAUAAUUAUUAUGAUCCACUAUAUAGUAAAGACCCGUUCCCCUUUCCUGGUAGAUUCUACAUUCAGAGUCCCAUUUCAGAAACGAACAAGUGUUUAAAGGUUAAUAGUGAGGCCGAUAAAAAAAGGGAGGGGGGUUCUAUACUUUGUUCUGACGUUUUGGCGGGCCGGAUAGAACCACGUCGCGGGCCGGAUGUGGCCCGCGGGCCGUAAUUUGGGCAUCAGUGGUCUAGUGCAAUUAUUAUGUGUUUUUUUUUAUAAAUUGAGAUGUCGCCAAGUUGUUUAGUUAAAAUAGUCAGAGUCACAUGGCUAUAAUAUGUUAGCUGGUCAGGCUCUCAUGGCUAUGAUUUGUUAGCUGGUCAGGCUCUCAUGGCUAUGAUGUGUUAGCUGGUCAGAAUCAGGUGGCUAUGAUAUGUUAGCUUGUCAGUAUUUCAUGGCUAUGAUGUUUUAGCUGUUCAGAAGCUCAUGGCUAUGGUGUAUUAACUGGUCACAAUCUCAUGACUAUGGUGUGUCAGAUGGUCAGACGCUCAUGGCUGUGAUGCGUUAGCUUGUGUCCUAGUUGUUUUUAUUUAUUAUGUUUAUGUUAUAAUAAACAUGUAUUAUAUUUAACGAAAGACUUCAUUGUAUGAAGUCUGAAGUCUGAACGUCUUAGAACUAAGUGAAACAUGUUUUACUCAAUAAGUGUACUGGACAAGAGUGCAGUAUGUCUAUGAGGUAAACAAAACAAUUUUUGUUCUAAACUUCCAGUUAGUUCUAUCAACUAGCAUAUCUUACAAACCAAUUGCAAGUAACAUCGCAUUCAGUAACCUUCAUAGUACUAUUAUAUAUAUUCUAUAUGUUUAAAGAAACUCCUGAAAGAAACCUUUGCUAUAUAACAUUCCAUUUAUUCCAACCAUCUCUCAUGUACUACACUUCUAAUUGAAUGGGGGAAAAAGUCUCCUAUAAGUUGUCUUUUAAAUAUAACAUUAACAUCGAUGUUAUAUCUUCUACAUUUUUGUUUUCAUUUUCUAUUUGUGUAUGUAUUUGUAUAGAUAAUCUAGUUCAAAGAGACAUUGUUAUUAUAUUGUUGACUAAAUUUUUUGGUAUUAAGGAAAUUCGUAUUAUAGUACAAGCAAGUUAUUGUACUUGGUAGAAGCUUAACAAUUGUAAACAAUGUAUUUAUGCAAACAAAAAGAGUUUGACGCUUUUAUUACAGUAUUAUGAGUAUCUUCUCGAACUAAUUUGCUGUAUAUAAUUUUUUUGUUAUUCAAACCAUGAGACCUUGGCGCGGACAUUAUGUGAUAGUAUCAUUAUAAUGGGUUAAAAUGAAUGCCUUGUGGUCUAAAGCAAAUUCCUAAAUAAUUGAAUCUGCUUCUUAAGUUUCUUGUGUUUAUUAUUGAUUUAUGACAAUAAAACAAUGUACAAUUUUA